GGAGCUGGAGCCCCAGGAGCAGCGGCUCUGGCGGUCGUGGAGGUUGGAGGUCCGAGAGAUCUGUUCUUCCCGAGAGCGUGCGGGGUCGCGACUGGUUUCAGGCCAUCCACAAGCCAGCAAGAAAGGAUUUCCAGGCAGAGAAAGACGCCAUCUGAAGUCCCAAUGCACAGAUCAGCCCCCAGUCAAACCACCAAGAGGAGCCGAUCACCGUUUUCCACCACUCGUCGUAGUUGGGAUGACAGCGAGAGCUCAGGAACCAGCCUGAAUGCUGAUAAUGAGGACUACUCCAGGUACCCGCCCAGAGAGUACAGGGCUUCGGGGAGCAGAAGAGGAAUGGCUUAUGGACAUGUUGACUGUUUCGGGGCAGAUGAUAGUGAGGAGGAGGGGGCUGGGCCUGUUGAGCGAGUGUCAGUAAGAGGGAAAACUGGCAAGUUUAAAGAUGAGAAGCUGUAUGACCCGGAGAAGGGGGCAAGGUCUCUGGCUGGGGUGGCCUCACAGUUCUCUAGUUUUAACCAUGACGUGAGAGAGGAGCUUGACAAGUUAGACCCAGCCCCUGCAGCACAGUCCUCUGCUAGCAGAGCUGAGUUCCUGCAGCCAAAUAGCAUGGCCUCUCAGCCGUCUUCUGCUGAAGGCAAGGUGGUCACAAACAGCAACAACCUGGAGAGGGAGAGACAGGAGCCGAAUUUACCUGCAUGUCCCAGCAGGGCUCCUGUGAGUAUUUGUGGUGGGGAAAACACUCCCAAGAGCACAGAGGAACCGGUGGUGAGGCCCAAAAUCAGAAAUCUGGCAAGUCCUAACUGCGUGAAACCAAAAAUCUUUUUUGAUACCGAUGAUGAUGAUGAUAUGCCACAUAGCACUUCCAGGUGGAGGGAGACUGCCAGCGCUGAUGAAGGCCGCUUGGAUGGCCUGGCAAGAAGGAGCAGAGGUGAGGGUUCAAGUGGCUACCCUGAGCCGAAGUACCCCGAAGACAAGAGGGAAGCCAGGAGUGACCAAGUGAAGCCCGAAAAGGUGCCUAGACGGCGACGAACCAUGGCCGACCCCGACUUCUGGACAUGCAGCGAUGACUACUACAAAUACUUUGAAGAAGACUCUGACAGUGACAAAGAGUGGACUGCGGCUCUGCGUCGCAAGUAUCGUGGUCGGGAGCAAAAUCUGUCGUCCAGCGGCGAGAGCUGGGAGACUCUGCCAGGAAAAGAAGAGCUUGAAGCCGAGCAAGCCAGAGUGAAUGCCAGUGCUGGUGCCAGUGCUGGCAGCAGUGGCAACAAUGAACUUGAAGAAGUUCGAGGGCCCUCUCUCCAGGAAGAGGAAAGGGCAUCCCCCGAAGAAGGAGAAGUUCCUUGGCUCCAGUACAAUGAAAACGAGAGCAGCAGCGAGGGGGAUAAUGAUUCUGGUCAGGAGUUUCUGCAGCCUGGUGUCUUCAUGCUGGAUGGCAACAACAACCUUGAAGAUGACUCCAGUGUCAGUGAAGACCUCGAAGUGGAUUGGAGCCUCUUCGAUGGGUUCGCGGAUGGGUUGGGGGUAGCCGAAGCCAUUUCCUACGUGGAUCCUCAGUUCCUCACAUACAUGGCACUUGAAGAACGCCUGGCCCAGGCAAUGGAAACUGCCUUGGCACACUUGGAGUCUCUGGCGGUGGAUGUGGAGGUGGCCAAUCCACCAGCCAGCAAGGAGAGCAUCGACACUCUUCCUGAGAUCCUGAUCACGGAAGAUCACAGUGCGGUGGGGCAGGAGAUGUGUUGCCCCAUCUGUUGCAGUGAAUAUGCGAAGGGGGAGGUGGCGACGGAGCUGCCAUGCCACCACUAUUUCCACAAGCCUUGUGUGUCCAUCUGGCUUCAGAAGUCAGGCACCUGCCCUGUGUGCCGCUGCAUGUUCCCUCCCCCACUUUAAGACCAAGGCUCUUUACUCCUGGUCUGAUGAUUUUCCCCAUCUGAAAUCCACAAUACUGCAGGAGCCCUCUCCAAAUUAACCAUUGCAAUGAAAUCAGUCAGUCGAUUAAUCUCCACCUGUUGAUUCCUUGUGAUUAUUUCCAGUGUGAAAAUGAUUGUGUAUGAUUGCAUUACAAAAAUCAUACUGUGUUUUAGAGGUUAGAAAGGGAAAACCAAAUUUUCUAAGUGCUACUUGAGAUUGCAGCAAGAAGAUGCAUUUUCUAACCUGAGCAGUGAAAUGUUGCAUUUUUUUUUUCAGUAGAACAUGUUGAUGUUGAUUGUAAUGUCAAGUUUAUCUGUUAACUUUGUCCAAGAGGCAUCAUCAUUUCUGUUGCAUGUUAUGGGUUAAUGUUCCUGUAAUUGCAGUGCCGUAAAAGCUUAUUAAAGUUCUCCUUUUGGUUUUACAUGGUAUAGUGGAAUUGUUUGGUUUCGUCUAAAACCGUGGUACUAAGUGACUGUAUAAUUGAUUUCUUGCCUUUGCCUUCAAAAUAGGGUUUUGGGUGUUCCCACUAGGAAAAAAGAUUAGUUUCAUUGGAAAUACUGACUCCAACAACAACAAAAGUAAGGGUAAUUAUUUCUAAAAGUAGGAGUAAAGUGUAUGGCUGUUGAACUACUAAAGGGGCAAAGUUUGAGUAAAGAAUAUUCUGUCAGUCUGUGAGAAGGAAAGAAACAGUGAAAAAGCAUAGUAAAAAUAAUGAUGGUAGGAACACAUCCAAACAGAUUGUAGAGGUGAAGGACUUAAAAUUCUCUUUUAGAAAAUAGCAAGUCUCAGAAAGUAAAGCAAGUCUCAGAGGGAAUGGGUAAAAACUAAAACUGUAUGCUGAUUGUAUGCAUUAACACAGUGACACAAAAGGAGCAGAGAAAUGUAUGCCAGACAAGGACUAUGAAAAACAGAGGUGCCCACCCACACAAAGUGAACAGGUUUGAACCUUUGGCCAUAUUGGCUUCA